AUGUCUCUGUCCCUAGCACCACCAGCCAACAAAGGCUUGUCAAAGCUGAACAGGGACUUGUUCAAGCAGACGCUGGAGCUUACAGCGCUCCGGCUACCUGCGCCUGCAUGCGCAAGGGCGAUGAAGGAAUUAAAGGGAGGUUACAUAUUGGAGGUCCCUCGCCUUCGGGGCAUAGUGGAGGAUCCGGCUGAUCUUGCAGCCGGAGAAACGAAGAAGGCGGCAAGGCGUUUACUGCUCUUGAACCCACUCAAGGCCGUCUCCAAAGACAGCCUUCCGACGCCGGUCAAGGAGUUUGCAACACGGGAGAACGCCGAAAUCACGCAAUACAGACUUGAUCUGGACUACGACUAUUGGACAUCGGAGCAGGUGCUCAGGUCCAUUUUGCCCGAUGACAUUGACGUGCCUGGAGCGUACGAGGCAGUCGGGCAUAUUGCACAUCUGAAUCUCAGAGAUCAAUUCCUGCCGUAUAAGAGCAUCAUUGGAGAGGUGUUACUGGAUAAAAACAAGUCUUUGCGAACCAUCGUGAACAAGACCGGCAACAUUGACAACACGUUCCGGUUUUUUGAGAUGGAGCUCCUUGCUGGGGAGAACGACUUAAUGGCGGAGCUAAAUGAGAGUAAUUGCAAGUUCCGGUUCGACUUCUCGCGCGUUUAUUGGAACUCACGUUUGCAAGGGGAGCAUGAACGUAUUGUCAAGAAAUUCAAGAAAAACGGGCUCGUUUGUGAUGUAAUGGCCGGUGUAGGUCCAUAUGCCGUGCCAGCUGCAAAGAACAAGAAGCUCGUGGUGUUUGCAAACGAUCUGAACCCAUCAAGUUACGAAUUCCUCUGCGAGAAUAUCAAAAUAAAUAAGGUUGAGCAUCUAGUGAAGCCAUAUAACAUGGAUGGACGCGAUUUCGUUUGGCAAUCUUUGGACGACUUGAACUCAUCGGGCCCAUGGGAUACCCUGCGAAGUAAAAUCCCGCCUUCGAGAAGACCCCGAGGAAGCAAGGCUACUGUCGCUCUAGACGGCAGUCCGAAUAUCGAAGAGAAGGAUCUAAAAGCUCCAGCUCCCGUCUCUCUCGGACCACUGGAACCAAAAGCUGGGUUCAGAUGGUUCGAUCACUACGUCAUGAACCUGCCCGCAACAGCGAUCGAGUUUCUGGAUGCAUUCCGAGGCCUAUUCCAUAAUCGGGAAAUCAUCUCGCAGGACAAACUGCCCAUUAUUCACUGUCACUGUUUCUCGAAAGAGGAGGAUCCAUCGGCGGACGUCAUCAAGCGUGUCGAAAAGGUUAUCGGCGCAUCUCUAGGGAGUAACCUCAUCGAAGUACACAAUGUGCGGAAUGUAGCGCCGAAUAAAGAAAUGCUCUGCAUCAGUUUCCGGCUGCCAUCCGAAGUCGCAUAUGCUGAGCCUGAAGCAUUAAGGUAG